GUCUUUGACUCGCCCGCUUCUCAACACUUUGGUAAUCCGAAGACGGUAACACUAAGCAACUAACAAGCGCGAAUUUUCUACUUUUUUUUGCAUUUGCCAAAAAUAAGAAUUUGAAACAUGCCAAAGAUUAAGAAACAAAAGUCCACCUCUUCGGAGAGCGACAGCGGCCCGGAAGACCGCAAUCCACCGGCAAGUAAGAAAGCCAAGGAGACGCCGGCUGCGGAGGGAGCCAAGAAGGGUGCUGCAGGGGGUUCUGGGCCGUGGGUCCUGGAGAAGCUGCGUCAAGUGCGCAUCAACGAGUUCCGCGGCCGGAAGAUGGUAGACAUUCGCGAACAUUAUGAGAAGAACGGCGAAAUUAUGCCCGGAAAGAAGGGCAUCUCUCUAUCAAUACAGCAGUGGAAGAAACUUCUUGAAAUGGCCGAUGAAAUAACGCGCGCAGUAGAGAACUAGGUUUAAGAUAUUAGAGUUAAGGCCCUACACCAUGUUAGCAAACAUUUAAGUGGGCUAGCUCCACUCACUGAAUAAAUGUUAAUUCAAAAUAAUGAAAAUUCUUAGCAAACUGA